AGGAAAAUCACGGAACCAAAAUUUGAAGAUAUUUUUGUACAUAUAAAUGGCGACGACACUUACUUUAUACAACUUCCCGUAAACAAAACACUGAAUGAAAUCCGUAUUUUACUUUCCAAUGAACCAAAUAUUCGAAUGGGCUCAAAAAUGUAUUUCAUGAUUCAAACUGCCAAAAUCUUACAAAACGACGAAUGUAAACAUCUUUUAUCAAAAAUUCUUGAUAAUAAUAAUCUAAACAUUUGCGGUGAACAGGAGUUAGAUUUGGAAGAGCCAAUAUUCAGAGACAUUAAUGUUCAGAGAAAUGACGAUACAACUUUCCUUAUACCACUUCCCAUAAAUAAAACACUGACUGAAAUCCGUCAUUUACUUGCCAUUGAAAAAGAAAUUCGCAUGGAUUCAAAAAUGUAUUUCGGUAAUCCAUUUGCCAAAAUUUCGCAAAAUUACGAGGGGAAAUAUCUCUUAAAAGCUAUUCUUGAUUCCAAUAAUCAUUUGAAAAUCAUCGGCGAUUAUGAACCAAACUGGGAAGAGAUAAAAGUCAUUUGUAAAUUGGCGUAUGGAGUUGACUUUUCGGAAACUGGCCCAAAGUACGCAGAGAAAAAAGCAUUUGAUAUUACGACACUUCAUCUGAGCAAGUUGGCAAUUACAGAUACACUUGAUGAAAUAAUUACGUGUCGAACAAAAAGCGACAAAAUAUGUGCGAAAAAUCUUAUAACAAACUUUCAAGUAACUGCAAAUUUACUGUGGUCAUCGAUUUCGGCAACUCUCAAAGAAUCUAGAGGAACUGAAAAACACACGAGCACUGAAAAUUCAACUACUUAUAAGAGUUUCAAAAGAAUUAAAGCUGAAGCAUUAUAUAUUGAAGCAAAACCAACAGAAGAAUUUAAAAAGGCUGUUGAAAAUGCUCUUGCACCAAAUAAUCCACAUAAUAAACUUGAAAAUCUUGAAAAAGUUGCUAAAGAAUACGGUCCAUUAUACUGCAAAAAACUCGGAAUUGGUGGCAGGAUUUUGGUUCAAGAAAACAAAGAAGGAAUUGCAUAUCAGCAUGAUAUGUCAAGAGAAACAAAUGCUUCUGGAAGGCUAGAAGUAACUCAAAAUGUUGAGAUCGGCGGGGAAGCAGGAAAAAGUCAACAAACGAAAAAAAUAAAUUCUUCUGUUAAUGAAAAUUCUUUUUUUCGAAUGUUUGGUGGCUUAAAUACAAAGUAUCAUGGAUCGGGAAUGUCUGGAUGGGUAGAUUCAUUAAACAACUAUCAAAACUGGGCGGUAGCGGAAUAUACUGAAAUAAAUUCUGUCUUUGAUAUUCUGGAUCCAGGAACAAGAUCAAGAAUCGCAGAGUUAUCAAAACGAAUCGUGGAAUCAGAAGUUGUAGAAUUAACUUACGAAAUAGCUGAUAUUAAACCAUACACCUAUUAUCUACCCUCGAAUCUUCAACUUUCAAAUACCGAUCAUAUAUUCGUAACAGUAAUGAAAGAAGACGAAUCGAAGAACUUAUUUGCUGCACGAGUUCAUUAUAUAGACGAAAAAAGUCGACCGAUAAUUCUUAUUCAUCACUUGAAACCAUUAAAAGCACCGAAGUUUAUUACACUGAAAUUAGGUUUGAUUGUGAUUGGCACACCCACACUGUUAGACUUGGCACAGCCAGUUUUUGAAAGUAAAGAAAUCGAAAUUGAAGAAAUCGAAAUUAAAGCAAAUGACGAUAAUAAACGACUUAUGGCUACUAUCAACCAAAAAAUUGAUUCAAAUAGUAGCCUUUUGGCCACAUGUGUUUCAAGAGAAGAAGACCCAAAAAAUCUAACAGGUUACGAAUAUAUUGCGGGAACUCAUUUUGUUUAUAAGGAUGAUGCUAUUAAAGCUUGUGCUUUUUGUUAUAAAUCUCAGAAAAGUAAGUUUUUAAACAAAGAGGAACUUCUUCAAAUCAAGAAUAUGCCAAUUAAACUUUCAGUCAAUUAUAGCAUCAUCGCUGGAACAGGAAAACACCAAUUCGGAAAAACCAAAAUCAUUAGUGAAUCUUUAAGUCCACGAUCAAAAUGUUUUAAAGUUUCUUUUGACGAUUAUCCGAGACUAAUUGAACAAUCAGUGCCUCCACCUGUGCCACUAUUAAAUGAAAAAGUAUCAUUAUCAGCAACCAUGCAAAGAACGUUACAAAAUCCAGUUUUUAUUAGCUUAAUUUUGGGCAAUUGUCCAAAAGAUUGUGUUCACGGAUUUUUUAAUAUUACACCAAAUCAUGCUAUGUUUAGGUCUCUAAAGAAUUCAUUUACAGAAGAUGGACAGAUUGUGCAUUACCUUGUCGGAUGUAAAUGA